AUGGCCUCCAAGGGCUUGCAGGACCCAGGAGCUGUCCUGGCCAUCGACAUAGGCAGCACAGAAACUCGUCUGGUAUUUGCCUGGCAAACUGAUGAUGGUAUUCAGAUUGGACCCAUCGAGAACGACUCUGACAAACCCAACCAUCUCAAUACCAUGGCUCACUUUUCAUCCAAGUUCUUCCCGUUUGACAACGACCCCCAGAAGUACAUUGCCAAUGCCUCUCGAUCUAAACGUGAAGAUUCUUCCGUCAAGUUCGUGCCCUAUGUCCUCCUUGGCACGACCGAGGAGAUGGAGGGACAAUACCCAGUUCUCUCUCGGCUGUGGAGUGAGAGAAACAAGACUGGCUUCGACGAGGCGCUAUUCAGAUCCCGCCUUGAGGAGGCAUUCAAACAGUUUCUGCGCUUUGUGCUUACACGUGCGAAGCAGGUGUUUCGCGUGAGCGGGCCCGACGACUUACAGAUACGAGUCAAGACAAUCGCCAUGACGGUUCCUAGCCAGUGGGAUCUCGACUUCCAGGACUUGUAUGAACGACUCGUCAAGGAGGUAUUUGAGGAGAUUUUUGAGGAUGUGAGCCAGGCGGAUGCUCGCAAUGUCAACGUGAUUUUUCACACCGAGGCGACAGCCCUCGCGCAGUACAUCUUCAACCAGUGUUCCAGCAACAAGGUUUUGUCUAUCCAUCGGGACAUGCCCAACAUUGGUACAAUAAUGGACAAAACCAACGCUCAGUGCUUGGUCGACUGCGGUGGACACAAUGCGAAUAGCGCUUUGACAACAUUCCACCGAAACAAUUCCGGGCUUGGGAUGGGGGUCAUGUAUGAGAUCGGGCACCCUAAAGGUGCUGGAGGUGGCAUGGAGAUGUGGAUUCACCAUUUGCUUAUUCAGCUAGAUGACCAGUACUGUCGGAAAUUCCCAUGGCUGGGCGAGAUGCCUCUUGAGCUCAAACAGGCCUUCAAACGCGAAAUCAACAAGAAUAUUGCGGAUAUUCUGACAGAAGACUGCCAUUGGGUGUUCCAAACUCAUCCACAGACAGGCGAUGUCAUCCCUCUCGAAAUCACCAUGGAAAUGAGCGACAAAGCCUUUCAAGCGGGCUUCAAGUACGUCAAGAUCAUGAUUUUGGAGCAGUUACAGCGACUUGCAAGCAUCAGCAAGGGCUGGAGGGGCAGAGACUACGUGGUCACAAUCAUUGUGUCUGGUGGAUCAUCGCUACACCCAGAGUUCGUCAAGUGGAUAGAGACGCUUUGCACGGAGCUAAGCUUGCCUGCGCCACUUUUUGCGCAUGCGAUGCAACUUCUUUACGGGUCCUCGCGGAUUGCGAUGGGUGCUGCAUAUGCAACACUCACUCAACAGUCCGUCGCGUCCUUUGCAGAAAAGUGCGCAUUCGGCCUUCAGAAAGGCAGAGUCAGGAGGCGUGGAGGCGCUGAUGAAUACCUUCGCUUGAGAGAGUCUGCUGAUACCAUCUGGUGCAAGGAGCGUGGCACCAUUCAAACUACUGUUGAUUCUGAAGGUGAUGAUGCCGAGUUCCGGGUCGUCUGCCUGCCUUAUCUCGAAUCUUUUGCCCCGACGCUGCAAACCGACAAAAACUUGGCCCAGGGAGCAAGCUACGAUUUCAUGAACAUCGGAACUCUACCCGGCGAAUACAAGACUCGUAUUGAAUUUAUUUUCAAUAUUGAGGCGCGACAAGUAAUCCUCAAGGUAGCCCUAAUUCGGGCCAAUGUCGGGAAUAGAGCUAUAGACAGGUUUGCCAGGCGCAACGCUACCUUGAGGGAGAGGGUGCUUCAAGUUGGUCCUUUCGACGUUCGAGUGCAGCCUGGCACACUGUGCCUGUUUAUCGCACAGCCUGUGGAAGUGGUCGAUCAGCAUAUCGACAGCAUCCUGGGAGCUUGCCGCAGAGUUUCCGCGGUCGAGAGCAGGGCCGAGAGCGACGUCAGCUACGGUGGGAAAAUCCCUGGUAGUACCCGUCAACCGAAAACCAUUACAGCGGCACCUGCAAACGUUGUGUCUAAGUCUGCGAAGUCCAAGACCGCAAACUCCAAGACUGCGAAGUCCAAGACUGCCGCUAACAAGAACAAUGAAUCUACUGCCAGGGCGACAGCUCCUACCAACGAGACUCCUUCAGCCAGCAGGAUCGCCGCUCUUGAGACUAGCACGCCCCAUCGCCCAGUCCGCACGCAAACAGCCCCCGUCCUCAGGCUUCGAGCCUCUUCCAACCAGGUCUCUUCAAGCAGCCAGGCGGCUCCUCAAAGGGCGCUCGAAGCCCCAGACGUAGAGCGUACAACUACAUCCAAUGCUGGACUUCAUUAUGUCAUGAGGGACAACCGCGACGGCAAUGUCGUUUCCGGCAGAGAGGCUUCUUCUUCCCGACAGAUGGCCUUAGGUUCAGAGGGUUCUGGAGUUUCAGGCAGCGCAACAGCAAGCAGAAAGCGUCCAGCUCCCUCUGAGGCAGACGAUAGUCAUCCAGCGAAGCGCAACCCCGCCAACCGUCGGCUCUUCACUACUUCUUCUGAGGCUGCUAGAAACCAAGGCAGUGAUAUCUCGGGUAGACAGCGCCCAGCCGCCUCCGAGGCCCGCGUUGAUCACACGGCGAGGCCCGAGAGAGCGAAUUCUGGAAUAUCCAGCGGAACGCCUCUCUCCUCCAACCGGGCUUCUUCCAUUAUGGAGUCUUCUGGUUACCAGGGCAGUGCUUACGCGGAUAAUCAGCGGUCGAGUACCUCUGAGACCCGCGUUGGCCACACGGCAAAGCGCGAUCCAAAUCACAACGUGUCUUUCAGCGGCCCAAGGCCCACCGGCACUGCGACCCCGAGACCUCCGUAUCAUGGCACCGCGGCAUCAAGAGCUUCCCCUGAUGGGACUGCCAUCAGACCUCUCCCUACUGGCAGCAGAGGCCCGGCGCCAAGAUCUCACCCUUCGCGCAACACAGAUACAGCAGGCAGCAAGAAGUCCGUGCAGAAGUUCCCCGGCUACCGCGCCGCUAAUCGUGGUCCUCCGAGGAGUGAUUGA